UGUUGUUCUGUCGCAGUUAGCGUUUGUGCUGCCGUCGCGUAAAGUCUCCUUUGUGGCGCGCGAUGUUCCGCCCGGUCCUACCCGCGAUUUCGCACGUAUACGCUUAAAAAUGUAACGGGCUCGAAAAACGCGCUCUUCAUGGAAUUGGAUGCGGUAGGUCGCAGCUGAGACCUAUUCUCCUUCCAAGGGACGAGAGCGAGCCAGUAAGAGUCGCCUUCGGUGGAAACACAAGAGCAUAUGGUGAGAAUUCCUCCGGAGACAAAGACGGAGCGACGAUGGCGCGAUCAGGAGAUGGCGGGGGAGGCGGAGGAGGUGGAGUUGGCUACGGCAGAACCAUGAAGGAGUACGAGGACGAGUUGAGCAGCCUGAAGAAGGAGAACUUUCAGCUCAAGCUGCGAAUCUAUCUCCUGGAAGAGGGGAAGCCUGCAAGGAACGGCAGCUUCUCCGACGAGGAUGUAAUCAAAACGAGCGUAGAUUUAAAGGAAGAGUUGGAGAAAUUGAGGAAGGAAUUGAUGGAGAAGCAGGUCCUUCUUAAUCAGGCAGCUAAAGCUUUCAAAUUGUAUGAGGAACAGAAAGCAGCGACUUCCCGUACUCAAGAUCAAUAUCAGCAAUCGCUUGAAAAGGAGCGAGAAAAAGUAACCAAGCUUGAAAGAGAAUUAGCAGAGUAUCGAGAAAGGGAAUUGGAUACGUCCACGUAUUAUAAGGAAACAUUUGGCAUCACUCCGGAACAAGCGUUGAAAAACGCGGAAAAGUUGCGACAAAUGGAAGAAUUGAUGGCUUCCCUUGAAACAGAGGUGAAACAGAUAACCGGCAGUUUGGAAGAGGAGCGCAAUUGGGCGCAGGAACUUGAGAACGAGAGGGAUCAGUUCAGAGAGCGAUUAGACAUGGAAACGCAGCUGCGGGAGAAGCAGGACAGCGAUCGAGUGCAAAGUAUUGAGGAACUGAGCAAUGAAGUGAAAGAGCUGAAGGACCAACUGCUCAAGAAGGAUUCCGCCAUGCAACAAUACAAAAACGAUCUCGCCGAACGGGACAGAUUGCUCAAGCAGAAGAGCGCAUUGUUGGAGGAAAAGUGUCAGGCGUACGAGGAGGUCAGCCAGGUGUCCGAGAAAAGGAAGAAGCAGAUUAUUCAGUUGAGGGGAUCCAUAAAAACGCGCGACGAUGCCCUCACGGAGAUCAAUAAUAAGCAUCGUGCGUUAUUAUCACAGUGCGAAAACAAUUAUGGCAAGCGCUCGCCGCCCAGUAGUCCCUCGGCUUUAAUUUCGUUGACAAACGAUUAUCUAUCGCUGUCUACGGGGCAGAAAGUAUCUUACGUUCAAAGUACAGCGAGGCAUGAUGGCUCCUACGAUUGUAAAUCGAAUAAAGAAAGAGGAAUGAGUUUGAGCUCACCGUUAGGUGGAGAUUCCAAGGAAAUCAGGCAUCUUAUAAAGGAACUGGAAGAAAGGGACAAUAAAUUAAAACAACACGAAGAUAUGAGAAAGCAGUUGAUAUUAAAAUUGUGCAAUGUCCAGAAGCAAGCGGAAAGUUCCGAGCAAAAAUUGAAAAAGAUGGAAGUCGAGCACCACAAAGCCAUUAGAGCGAUACAGGGCUUCAUGGAGCGCGAGCAACAAAUGCGAGAUGCGGAGUCUCACAAAGAGCGGCAGGUCGUCGAGCCGGAGAUGGAAUUACGCAAGAGAAGAAACAGCCACGGUCUCGUCUCGUUGAAGGAUCUCGGCGUUAAGAACGCGGACGAUAUUGAAAACGAUUCCUGCAAACAGCAACGUUUCGAAGAAAUGGAAAGCAAGAUUAGCGACCUACGAGACCAAAUCGAGACAAUAAAAGCCGAGAAGAAUCUCCUGGAAAAGCGAACGCAAGUCGAGUUCAAGGAGUUCCAAGUUCGUCUUCUCGAUAAGGAGCAAAAGAUUGAGGUCCUGGAGAUGGAGAAGCAGAUCAUUACGGAAGAUUUGCAAAACAAAAUCGCCGAGCUCGAUAAGCUCAGGCACGUCGACGAGGCGAACAGUGUGGACGAAGUUAGCACCACCAACUAUCGCGAUGAUACUUUGCGAAUGGAAGAUCUGCUCGAGCAGUUGAAUCAACGAAAUGUUGAGGUAGAGGAGAAGAACCGCAAGAUUGAACAGCUGACGAAGGAACUGCAGGUGACGACUCAGAAUCUGCAGAUGCUGAUCAACACAGAACUCUGGAGCAAGAACAAGGAGAUUGCCAAGCUGCACAAUCAUAUGACAGCAUCGUACAGCCACGAUAGGAACCGCAAUAAACCUGAGAUCGUCCAGGAGGCCGAUAGCAGCGUUCAGUUGGCGAAUCUGGUUCACGAGCUGACCGAGAUCGGUGUUAAAGUGAAUUUCACGAACGACAUUGCCCGGCUCGGUUACGUCAACAGUGACGAAGCGGUGGACGUGAAGACGUUAAGUGAGAACCUUCAGAGGCUGACGAGUCAGCGGAACGAUCUGGAAAAGGAAGUGGAUUAUCUGAAGUGGCUGAAGCUCGUGUCGAAGCCCGACAUCGCCGCGGAAAUCGAUGGCUGCGGCAACGAGACGGAGCGGGCGAAGAAGUACUGCGAGCUGUUGCGCACGCAUCUCAAGGACCUGGUGAAGUUCAUGAAGGAGAUGCUCAAGAAUACCGAUCGCGCGGACACUAUUGGUAACGAGCACAAGAAGAUCGUGCUGGACGUUCUGCUCAGCUCCAAGAUACUGUCGGACGAUUUUGUGCGCGCUCUCGAAGGCAUGCAAGACGGUGCGAUCGACGACAGGAUCGACGGUUCUGUGAAAAGAAGUCGGUCCGAGAACAUGGUGGAAAUAUCCAAGAGUCAAGCGUCGCAGUCCGACUCCGAGACGUUCUCGGAGCCCGACCGGACCGUCUCCAUGGCCAGAAUCGGCCUGCAGGAGAAGCAAUACAAGAACGUGAACCGCGCCAGAUUCACGAAGUACGCCAAGACCUGCAGCGACUCCGAGGAUUCCGCGGAUUAUGUGCCUUAUUAUAAGACCUUUCAGAACGACUUUAGCGAUCUGGACGCGAGUCACCAAAUACAGGAGUUGAAAGAAACGAACAACAUGUUGUAUUCUGAACUUAGUGCCCUAAGGAACGACUUGAUUGCAAGAGCUUCGUUUGAUUGCGUAAUCGAUGAGAAAUUAAUGCCGUUCAUUACGAAGUUGGAGAAGUCACAAAGGUCUUGUGAGAAGUUACAAGCCUCUUUGGAAAAGAGGAUACACGAGUUCCAUACACUGAGAAAGGAGAGCAAGCAGAAUAGCGUUCGCAAGACGCAAUUGGAGAAGAAGAUCAACGAUGUCGAGCAAAUGGCGAGCGACAUCACCAAACAGAAAGCUGAAUUUUUGCAGUAUAAGGAAAAUACCGAGCGGAAGACUACGGAAACACUUUUAAUACUCAAUAAAGAGAACGAGUCCUUGCGUGCGAGAAUUAAACAGCUGGAGGACGAAACGGAGGCUGCCAAGGCAACCAUAUCCACUCUCAGAAAAGAACUGGAUCAUCUCACUCUCUCGUACAGCCAGAUACUCGUGGAGAAUACCAAGCUGACGAACGACAAGUUGAGGCUUGAGCAUGAUGUGAGGAAAACGGAAGGUCAAUAUGACGCGGCCGUUCGUUCGCUGCACGAUAAAUUCAGCAAAGAGAUAUACGAUCUGAAUCAGAUCAACGAGUCGCAUAGAGCGAGAGUGCAAGAACUUGAAACUGCGAAUAAAGAAUUCAGGAGACACAUGGCGGUGUGCGAGGCUAGCGAUUCGACGGCGAGCUCGAGCGGCGUGUCGUCGAUGCCUACGGACGCUACGCUCAAGCAAACUUGCGAUAUUCUGCGGGAAUAUCAACCUUAUAACGGCUCGCAGUUUUGGCAAACGACAAAUUACUCCGCACUCGGAGGACGCAGUAAAUCCAGUUGUUCGCCAGAUUUGGGAAUAGAAAGCGAUGCUGCUGUUACCACAGUGAGACCUUUGAAAGACACAUUGAAGAUCACAGAAUCUAUGACAAACUUACUGAGCGACGAAGACAGCAAUCACAGAACUCAAGACUCAAACAGUGAAAGUCCAUUACCGAUAGAAGGUCUUGAAGAGGUGGAAGCUUUGAAACAAGAGAAUGAAGCACUAAAGCGAAGACUGACGAAAACGAGGAAAGCAUUGGAGGAUACGUUUGAGCACUUAUCAGCCUCAAACAAGAACAAGAAGAAUGUUGAAAAGGCGAUAAUAAAGCAACUCAUGGUCACAAGGAGUAUCCUCAAAAAGACGAGGACAUACGAUGAAUCUUUGGACAAUUAAGAAGAGAUUACAGACUGACUGACCGAUCAAAAAAUAUUAUGCACGAAGAGUGGAAAAACAGGUAGAACGUAGGGAAGUUGUUACUCGUUGAAUCGUGUUCUCAUAGAUUAAUCGUUCAUUCAAUGUAUCGUGUUUUAUCUGCGUUUUUUUUCACUUGCCUCUUCUCACACUUUUCCGAGGUGAGAGAGCGAACGAUACAUACCGGCACGAAAAAGAAUUGUAAUACUCAGUAAUACUGUAAUACUAGGUAUUACGUGUUACAAAAUUUUUGAACGUUAAACGAUUUCUAAGCGACAGAUAUUUUCGUACGGGCACGGAACAAACUAUUUUUCACAAUUUAAAAACAAAGAGAAAAUAUAAAAGGACGAGACGAAAGAGAGCUUAAAAUGGAUUUGUACAUCGAGAUUUGUAUAUACAUAUUUAUAUGGGAACGCGCAUGAUAUUUUUGACAUUUUUGUAGAUCGUUUCUUUCGCCGUGAAAAGGUUUCUUCCAAAUGCUGAAUACGGCGCGAACGCCGAUACUAAAGUCUGUCUUCGUUUGUUGACGUAUUUUGCUUUACGAAUAACAGAAAUUCGCGUAUGUGUGUAUAUAAUUAUCUCAUAUAUCGUUAUGUAGCAUUUGUACAUAAUCACCACGAAUAAAGUGCCAUUGAUAUGCAGAA